GAGUCGUACUUGAUGUUAGUCAUCUGCAUUGAGGGGAGAAGCAUCAUCGAAGAUUUAAAAACCUGGCCAAGGGAAUUUUAAAAAGCUUCAAUGUCAUCUCAUGAUUGACGACGCCAAUAAUUUUACUUUAUUUGUCUUCACUCUCAAUAUUUGAUUUAACUCUGAUGUCUUAAUUCGUCGUCGUGAAGCGUCCGUGUUCACUUGGCGUCAUCUGAAUGGACGUGAAGACCAAAUCCUCUCAGACGCACAUCUCUCUAUCUCGCUUUGCCUUUUGGAAUUAUUCCUCCUAGUUUUAAUUGUUCGUGGUCGAGGAGCAUCACGUUUAUUCACCUGCUCGGAUGACCUACUUUGUAUGAUGCGGGAAAUAUCUGCUGGGAGGUUGACGGCAACAACAAGCCUUGGAGGACACACCGUCUGAUAGAGACGCCUUACCUUUUUUUCCCCUCAAAUCUCUUUAUCUUUUUUAAAGGAACAUUCCUUGAUGGACGUGUAAUGAAGAUACAGGAUGGACAUGUUUUGGGAAUUACUAUUCUUUCUCCAAGCCAACUGUAUGAUCUGCAUAUUAGCCCAGCCAAAUCCACCUAAAAUUCACGAAGGCUGGUGGGCAUACAAGGAGGUGGUUCAGGGAAGCUUUGUUCCAGUGCCAUCUUUUUGGGGCCUUGUAAACUCAGCCUGGAACUUGUGCUCAGUGGGGAAGAGGCAAUCGCCAGUCAACAUUGAGACCAGCCACAUGAUUUUUGACCCUUAUCUCAAGUCCAUGAAACUUAAUACAGGUGGACAAAAGGUAAGGGCAACAAUGUAUAACACAGGCCGCCAUGUUUCUGUGCGAUUGGACAAGGAGCAUCUUGUUAAUAUCUCUGGUGGGCCGAUGAUGUACAGCCAUCGUUUGGAGGAGAUCCGGCUACACUUUGGUAGUGAAGACAGUCUUGGCUCUGAACACCUUCUUAAUGGGCAGGCCUUCUCUGGAGAGGUUCAGCUAAUUCACUACAAUCAUGAAUUGUAUACAAAUUAUACUGAAGCUGCCAAAAGCCCGAAUGGACUUGUCAUUGUGUCAAUAUUCAUGAAAAUAGCUGAAGCAUCGAACGCGUUCCUGAAUCGAUUGCUUAACAGAGAAACCAUCACAAGAGUAACAUAUAAAAAUGAUGCAUACCUUCUGACAGGCCUGAACAUCGACGACAUCUAUCCAGAGACAAGUAGUUUUAUCACUUAUGAUGGAUCGAUGACCAUCCCUCCAUGCUUUGAGACUGCUACAUGGAUUCUGAUGAACAAACCAGUUUACGUCACACGCAUGCAGAUGCACUCUUUGCGUCUUCUGAGCCAAAACCAGCCAUCUCAGAUCUUUUUGAGUAUGAGUGACAACAUCCGUCCAAUUCAGCCUCUCAUCAACCGCUGCAUCCGCACCAAUAUCAACUUCAGCAUGCAGGGCAAAGACUGCCCCAACAACAGGGUUCAUAAACUUCAGUACAGAGCACUACCAGAGGAACCUAGAAACCUUCCUGGGCAGCUUUGAGACAAAGUUACUCCAGCAUGUAGACCUGAGUGUUCAUCUGACAACUUGACCUUUUUGACAGCCCAGCACAGCACUGAUCUGUCAAUCAAACAGUGCCCCUGAUACUUUCAUCCAAAUGAAAAGGACUUCCCAUCCUUGAGGUCCUUUAGCCUUUCAAAUAACACUUUGUUUAUCUUCACAAAUGUUUUGCUUUCACUCGUUAUUUGUGAAAUCAUGGGGACGACCACAAACACUAGCAUGCUCACUAUGAAAGGAAGCCUUAAGAAAUGAAUCCAUCUUUGACACAUUCAAAACGUACGUGCUUAAGAAGCUGCAUAAGCAAAAACAGGUAACUCUUGUAACCUAUGGCAACAACAGGCUGUGUGCCAAUUGGCCAUUUGCGCACACGCAGUCUUUUAAGUGCAUAAGUGCGUUCACACUGAGAUGCAAUGCACUGGCUGUACCUGGAUGUUGCACCUAAAAUGGUGUGUGCGCAUGCGCAGUCUGACUCCUGGACACGUAAGACCUGCAAUAGGGAAGGAACUAACUUGAAAUAAUGGCCGUUGAGGAGCAACCCAUGGCGUUGAAAAGUAAUGAGCAGGAAAAGAUAAAUAUUGAUCAUCAUUUCCAGUAAGUGUGUAACAACAAAGUGGUAAUUAGAUCUCGUGUCAUCUCCUGUUUUUUUUGUUUUUUUUAACAGUCAGUAUCAUAUGUCAGGUGUAAUGGAUUGGACCACAUAUUUGGUGCUUUGCACACAAACUGAGAGCCAGCAAACAGAGUUAGCCUCGGCUUUUCCUGUGCAAGCCACACUGUCACAUUGUGUGUGCUUGGGAUCUAAGUACUAGGGUUGUCCCCAUACCGAUAUUUUGGUACCGGUAGCAAAAUGUAUUUCGAUACUUUUCUAAAUAAAGAGGACCGCAAACAAAUGCCAUCGAUGGCUUUAUUUUAACAAAACAUCUUACGGUACAUCAAACAUAUGUUUCUUAUUGCAAUCAAAGAACAAUUUUGUCCUUAAAUAAAACAGUGAACAUACAAGACAACUUGUCUUUUAGUAGUAAGUAAACAAACCAAGGCUCCUAAUAUAGCUGCUGACAUAUGCAGUAACAUAUUGUGUCAUUUAUCCUUCUAUUAUUUUCUCAAAAUUAUUAAGGACAAGUGGAAGAAAAUUGAUUAUUAAUCUACUUGUUCAUUUACUGUUAAUAUCUGCUAAUUUUUUUUGUUUUAACGUGUUCCAUCUACACUUCUGUUAAAAUGUAAUAAUCACUUAUUCUUCUGUUGUUUGAUACUUUACAUUAGUUUUGGAUGAUACCACAAAUUUGGAUAUCGAUCCAAUACCAAGUAGUUGCAGGAUCAUACAUUGGUCAUAUUUAAAGUCCCCAUGUGUCCAGGGACGUAUUUCCAGAGUUUAUAAACAUAAUAUAGCUGUCUACCUGUAAGUACUCUGUACGAGUGUGUUGCCGAACAUGCUCCUCUGCUCGUAAAACCAGCAAUGACACGACGUGACGACGGCGCGCCGUCAUGCCUGUAAAAAAAAAAAGGGAACCUGUAUUUUUCAGAAUUAGUAUAGGACCGUUUCUGAUUAAUUAAUACUGCGUUAAUUUAUUAGUACCGGUAUACCGUACAACCCUACAGUGUACACACUUAUUGAAAUGUCCAGACGGAUGUAUCCCAUUUAACAGGCGCAUCGCACCAAAUUCUAGGCCCCCAUAUAUAAGACUCAAGAAGGGCCGUGCCGUCCCCCGUACACAAACUCUACGUUUACAUGUACUAAAAUUAUUAUCACAUGACUUCAGUUAAAACCAGCUUUAUAAAGUGGUCGUAAUGUGACUUCAAAUGAAUAAAUGACAUAACCUUUUAUUAUUCAUUAAAAUAUAAUCAUAAAUCUGUCAGUUUCCUUUUACUUCAUCGUGUAAGGUCGAGAUGAGCUCGUUCAUACAGGAUUAUCUUCAGUGGAUCAUAAUUAUUAUUAUUGAAUAGAUUAUUAUAUUUGUAUUAGUGCAUUUCCAGGUGGCUCAGCCUCCCCUCUCCUUAAAAGCUAUUGACGCCUCUGUUUCGAACUACUCGACUGUCCUUGAAAGCGCCACAUUUAUGUGCUAUUCACACUUUUUCACUGGCUACACAUUUAUUAUCUUUAGGAAUUGAGAAAGCGUAACAUAAAAAAUCUUACAUUACAACACAAAUGAUACAUGUGUGAGUGAUUUUGAAUGAAGCUGAAGAUAAAUGAGAAUGAAAUUGAAGUGAAAGCAUAAAAUAAAAAAUAAAAAAGCCAAGAAUAAUGCUCUUCAGCAUGCACACAACAAUGCGUCAUGAACAUGUGCUUUGGUUAAAAUGGGUGUGGAGCAAUGCAUUUUGUCAUUUGUUUUUAAUGUUUACAAUUGCAUUACUGAUAAAAGAUGGCUACGCCUUUUGUCUUUUCCUCUCUUUCAGUGAAUGAAUGGUUACUAAAAUAGGAUCCAUUUGAGGAGCAAACGUGUCAGAGGUGAAGAACGAGAGCAAUUGGGGGACCACCAGACGUGUCUCUCGUGUGAUGGAAAUAAUUGAUUGUAUCCCAAAUUAAGGAACUCGGUUAACUUGGCUGUGCUUUUUUUACAUUGAGAACUGUGAAGGGUAUCAAACACAAACACAUACAUUCGUACCGAGCCCUUUCCUCACUUUACAACCACAUCAGACAUUUUGAUACGAACAUGUUUUUGUCAGAAACAAACAACAUAAGAAACACGGAAGUAUUUGUUUGGUUGAUUAUAGUAUUUUCUUUCUAUCUUCUUGUGGUUGGAAAAUAUGUUUCAUUUCCUCCAUGCAAUGUAACAACAAACUUUUGAAAGAUAUAUUUCAAGUUUCUGCCGCCUCGGAGUGAAAUGGAGGCCAACCAUGUGUACGUUGGUAAAUCUCACUCCCUGACAACGUCAAGAGCAGUGCUGGUUUCGGAGUAGCUAGGUAGCUCGCACGCUCAUCUCUCAUGUCGGAAGAUACAGGUUCGAAUCCCGUGCUGAGCAGUGAAAGAUUGAAAAGGGCGGGUUGCAAGAGCAUCAGGUGUUUUGGUCGCAUUUGUGUGUAUUUCAAUUCUAAAUGGAGCAAACGGCUCAUUAUGUUAAAAGUCAUGCAUAUUUUUUCAAAUAUUUAAUUGAAAAUUAUUUUUAAAAGAGAUACAUAUUGAAUGAAUGUUACCACAAUAACAAUUCUGCAGGAGUAUCAGUUGAUUGUAUUUUUUUUUGUUCAUAAAUUACAAUUGUCAUACACUGUAUGAAUAAUAUUCUCAGCCCAAUAAAUUGGUCUGAAGCCA